UUUCUCUCAUAACUUAUUCUGAAAUAUCCCAAUUUAGCAAAAUUUUAAAAAUGAUAUUCGAAAACAGCGAAUUUAUGAAUGAUUUUGAACUUCUCGAAUCGAUUAGGCAGCAUUUACUUGAAGAUUGGGAUUCCCCUGUUACAACGGUGCUAAAGCCGUCCGUCAAAAUUGAGCCGGAAGUGAUCGUUAGUUCGCCGGAAAUGUACGAUUUCACCGGAUUUACAGCUCCGGCGACGGCUGUGGCGGAGGUGAAAUUGGAAGUGAAAGUGAAAACGGCGGUGGUUAAGAGAACGCCGGCGGCGUUGAAAUCGAUGCAUUACAGAGGAGUAAGACAGAGGCCAUGGGGAAAAUUCGCGGCGGAAAUUAGGGAUCCGGCGAAGAAUGGGGCGAGAGUGUGGCUGGGGACAUACGAGACGGCGGAGGAUGCAGCAUUGGCUUAUGAUAAAGCGGCGUAUCGGAUUAGGGGUUCACGUGCAUUGUUGAAUUUUCCGUUGAGAGUUAAUUCGGGUGAACCCGAACCAGUUCGGGUUGGUUCGAAGAGGUCAUUGCCAACAACCUCUUCGGAGAGUUCUUCUUCGUUAUCGUCAGAAGAUGUAUCUAUGAUGACGAAGAGAACCAAAAAAGUUAGUCAACUUUAUACUUAGCACACAUUGGUGAAAUUUAAGAUUUUUUCACCCUAUUAA